AUGUUCCACCUGCUGCUGCUGCUUGCGGGGCUCUGUGGCCUACCAGCCUCAAGCCAGGAACAGAUAUCCUAUAUUAUUCCAAUAGAUGAGAGACGUUAUACUGUGCAUCUUAAGCAAAGAUAUUUUGUAGCAGAUAAUUUUAUGGUUUAUUUAUAUAAUCAAGGAUCUGUGAAUUCUCAUUCUUCAAAUAUUGAGACUCAAUGCUACUAUCAAGGAAAUAUCGAAGGAUAUCUGAAUUCUGUUGUCACACUCAGCACGUGUUCUGGACUGAGAGGAAUACUGCAAUUUGAAAAUGUGUCUUACGAAAUUGAGCCUCUGGAAUACACAAUUGAAUUUCAGCAUCUUCUUUAUAAAUUAGGGAAAGAAAACAAUGAAUUUCCAAUUUUUAACAACCAUAACAAAAACACAGAAAAAUACCCAAUGGAUUAUAACAUUUUUAUAAGUAAACAAUUGGAAUCAGAUGUUCCAGAUUUAUUUCCUCUUUAUCUAGAAGUACAUAUUGUGGUGGACAAUGCUUUGUAUGAUUACUUGGGCUCUGAUAGCAUGAUAGUAACAAAUAAAGUUGUCGAAAUUGUUGGACUUGUGAAUUCAAUGUUCACCCAAUUUAAAGUUACUGUUGUGCUGUCAUCAUUGGAGUUGUGGUCAGAUGAAAAUAAGAUUUCUACAGCUGGUGAGGCAGAUGAAUUAUUGCAUAGAUUUUUAGAAUGGAAACUGUCUUGUCUCACUCUAAGGCCUCAUGAUAUUGCAUAUUUAUUCAUAUAUAGGGAUUAUCCACAUUAUGUGGGAGCAACAUUUCCUGGGAAAAUGUGUGUUACCCGUUAUUCUGCAGGAAUUCUAUUGUAUCCCAAGGAGUCAACUCUGGAGGCCUUUUCCGUUAUUGUGACCCAGCUUCUGGCACUCAGUCUGGGAAUAUCAUAUGAUGACCCAAAGAAAUGUCAAUGUUCAGAAACCACCUGUACAAUGAAUCCUGAUGCUAUGAAAUCCAGUGGUGUGAAGAGAUUCAGCAGUUGCAGUUUGAGUGACUUUAAACAUUUUACUUCAAAUGUGGGUGCUAGAUGUCUUCAAAAUAAGCCACCAAUGCAACGGCAACGGGGAUCAGUCUGUGGCAAUAAUAAAGUGGAGGAAGAUGAAGUCUGUGAUUGUGGUACUCCAGAACAAUGUGGACCUGAUAGCUGUUGCGAUCCUCAAAAUUGUGUGCUGAAACAAGGAGCACAGUGUCAUAAAGGAUCAUGUUGCAAAAACUGUCAAGUCUUCCAAUCCAUUUGUAAGAAGUUUCUUAUAUGAGAAUACCUCUGUUGA